ACAAAAUGUUGACGACUGCUCGCGCGCACUGAGGACGUUAGGAGGUGCGAGGGUGACAAGCAAGACCGACAAGAGCCCAGUGAGCAGACUCAUCGCGGUCGUCGCCGACCAUUGUUCGCGUCCAUCGAUGACCUGUCAGUCGUCCGAGUCCACCGACGCCCCGGCGGACCCCGACCGGAGGCGUGUGGCCCUGGCCAUGAAAGAGCUCAAGAACGCAGGCUGGUACUGGGGCAGCCUGACGGCCAACGAGGCCAAAGACGUCCUUCGGGACGCGGCGGAGGGAACCUUCCUGGUGCGGGACAGUUCGCAGAGGGACUUCCUGUUCACCAUCUCCGCCGUGACGUCGGCGGGUCCCACCAACCUGCGCAUCCGCUACGACGGCGCCAAGUUCAAGUUGGACUCGGUGGUGCCGGUCAGGCCCAAACUCAAACACUUUGACAGCGUGGUGCACCUGGUGGAGCAUUACGUGCAGCUGUCGCGGGCCGCCGCCGCCGCGCCGCCCAACGGGACCGUCCCGCUGCUGCUCACCCGACCCGCUUACGCCGCCGUGCCGCCGCUGCAGCACCUGAGCCGCGUGGCCAUCAACAGACGCACGCGGCGCGUUCACGACCUGCCGCUGCCCAACAGGCUCAAGGACUACUUGACCGACUACUUCUACAACGUGUAGCGGGCCCGCCGCCGCGACAUUCCGGCACAUUCGCACUUCCUGCGGGUUUAAACCGGAGCUUGUCAAACUUUUGGGGCUGCGGGUAGAAACCGAACUGCCGUGUGUACCCCAAAAUGCAUAAGGAAUCAAGAAGUUGAAUCGUGAACUUUGUUCUCGUAAAAGAAUGAGACUAUAUUCUUGAAAAAAAAUAGGACUGCUUUUCAAAGAAAAGGGGACUUCAGUGAAUAGCCAAAAUCAUUCUAACUUAAAAAAAAAACUGGAAUAACCCUAACCCUAACCUUAUUUGACGGAGCCCCAAGCUGCAACUCGCAGACCUUCGGAGUGGACACCGAGGUUUGGUGAACUCAACCAAAAUUCCAGCGUGGCGGUGGUGACGUCGGUGGGUUUCCGCGAUGUCGGGCACACGGGUUCCCGUGGCGUCCGUCUCAGGUCAACAGACCGCUGAUGAUGCUGUCGUCUUUUUUUGAAGGACAAUCUCCUCACUUGCGGUGGUUUUUCGGGGGGUAUAUUUUCUUGAUGCCGCAGCCCGUUAGAAAUAUUUAUUGAUGGCGUCGCACUGAAUGAUGACGAAGCAUGUUCACGAGAUUGUGUUGACUUCAAUACAAUUUUAUUGAAACUCGUUAUUUAAUCCAGCCCACCCAAUUUUUUCUCAAAUCGGUUGAUUGAAUUCAAACGUUUAUUUCAAGUUCUGAUUUUCGUUGAUGUUGAGGACAGGACAGAACCAAAACGAAACAGCAAACAUUAAAAACAGUGAAGCAAAAUAGUUGUUUCGCAAUUGUUUUGAGUUUGUGUGUGUGUGGUCGGUCGAAAUUUCCAGGAAGAUGCAGCAAAAAAAGUGAAAGCGUUUUUACCAAAUUAAGUGGUAAUUUGGUUUGAUCUAAUUUCGAAAUUAAUCGAAACAAAAGUUUGGUUACAUUUUCAAUGAAGGUCUAUUCAUUUUUGUGUGUGUAGUAAUU